AUGAACGCCAUCCAAAUGAAGCCGGUAAUCAUCGCUGAUGAUUCUGAUGUGGAACGAGGUGUACGAGAUACGGACACAGGAGUGUCGUUCAAAAAUGAGCAUUCUUUGCUGAAAAGACUUGGAUCAGCAGUCUUUUACGGCACUACAUCAUUUUUAUUAAUGGUAGUGUGCAAGGUAGUCCUUACAAAGUACGGGUUUCCAUCUGCUCGAGUGAUUGGUCUCGGACAAAUGACAGCAACAGUGAUUAUACUGUACGCAGCCCGUCAAUGCGGAUUUAUAUUUUUUCCCGCAUACGACUCAUCUAUUGCCACUAAAGUGUGGCCAUUGCCUUUUGUGUACUUGUUCAAUGUAGUCUUCGGUCUCUCAAGUACUAAGGAGCUUUCACUGCCAAUGCUAACGGUUCUCCGUCGCUUCGCUAUUCUCAUGACUAUGCUGGGGGAACUCUAUCUGUUUGGUACCCGCCCCACAAUGGCCGUACAGCUGUCUGUCUACAGUAUGAUAUUCGGAGCUGUCAUAGCUGCCAGUAAUGAUCUGGCUUUCAGCGUUGAAAGUUACGUCCUGGUGUUGCUGAACGACUUUUUCACUGCGGCUUAUGGAGUCAUCAUGAAGAAGAAACUAGAUAUUGCAGAUCUCGGGAAGAAUGGAUUACUCUUCUAUAACUCAGCAAUGAUGAUACCAUUUAUAACAGCGCUUUCUUGGGUAGCAGGCGACCUUGGAACAACAAUGGAGUUUACAUUAUGGAAUGAUCCUUUGUUCAUUGCUUAUUUUGUUCUCUCUUGCGUAUUAGGCCUAUUUCUCAAUUACUCAAUGAUGCUUUGCACACAUUAUAAUUCUGCUCUCACUACUAUGGUAGUGGGUUGCAUAAAAAAUGUCAGCAUCACAUAUUUAGGUAUGAUAAUUGGUGGCGACUACGUAUUCUCAUGGGUCAAUUUUUUGGGUAUUAACGUAAGUGUAGUUGGAAGUCUGGUGUAUUCGUGGGUUACGUUUAGUCAAAAACAGCCUAUAAAAACGGUUGUGCCAAAGAUAAGUUCUGUGUAA